AUGCAAGAACUAUGGUUUAAGUAUACUUUGUGUCGAUCUGCAGAAGAAGAAACUCAAGAGAGUUUUGAUCGUAUAAAAGAAGAAGCUUUAUGCGAUUAUACGAAAGGAAAAUGGAUCAGAGACGAGAUUGGUCCACUCUACAACGGUUCGACCUGCGGAACAAUCAAAGAAGGUCAGAAUUGUUUCCGACAUGGUAGACCAGAUUCCGGUUAUCUUUAUUGGAAAUGGAAACCGAACCAAUGCGAAAUACCGAGAUUCGACGCUAACCGGUUUCUUGAUCUUAUGAGAGACAAGCAUCUAGCUUUUGUCGGUGACUCCAUGGCUAGAAAUCAGCUUGAGUCUCUUAUCUGUUUGCUCUCUACCGUCUCUAGCCCCGAUCUUGUUUACAGAAACGGAGAAGACAACAAAUUCAGAAAAUGGCGUUUCGAAUCUCACAACGUCACGGUCUCGGUUUACUGGUCCCCGUUUCUUGUGGCCGGUAUGGAAAAAUCGGGAAAGUUGGACCACAAUGUAUUGCAUCUAGACCGAGUGGACGAGAGAUGGGGAAAUGAUUUAGAACGUUUUGAUACGGUCAUAGUCUCCGUGGGACAUUGGUUUCUACAUCCGGCGGUUUAUUACGAGUCCGGUUCGGUUUUGGGAUGUCAUUCUUGCGAAGCAAGCAACUGUACCGAGGUAGGGUUUUACGAUGUGUUUAGAAAAGCAAUAAGAACAACAUUGAAAGCGGUUGCCGGAAGUCGCCGUGAAGUGAUCUUGACUACGUUUUCGCCUUCUCACUUCGAAGGCCGGGCUUGGGACAGCCUCGACGCGUGUAACAUGACGGAGCCGUACGGAGAAGGGAAAGUUCUAGAAGGUUUGGACUUGGAUAUGCGACGGAUAGAGAUGGAGGAGGUUGCGGCGGCGAAAGCCGCCACGGCGGAGGUGAGACUGGAGGCGUUGGACGUGACGGCGAUUUCGGUGCUAAGACCAGAUGGACAUCCUGGUCCGUACAUGUACGAGUUACCGUUCAAGAACGGUGUGCCGGAGAGAGUACACAAUGAUUGUUUACAUUGGUGUUUGCCUGGUCCGGUCGACACGUGGAACGAGAUUAUGAUUGAGAUGUUGCGGCGAUGGAAGGUUUAA